CCCACUUCUCUCUCUUUCCCUCUCCUCACUUCCAUCCCCACAUGAGAAACAGUGCUUCACUCUGUCGGAUGGACACCAGGUCCCUUUUUUCCGCCUCCUGGUCCAAUAUUUUUUCUUCCCUCUUUUCUCCACCUCUAUCAUCCAGUUGGCUCUCUCUGCUUGUUCCAGAUCCCCUUCUUCCAAACACGCACUCAUCUCUUUCUCUCUGUUGCUAAUUUUUCCCUGUCACCCCACUCUCAGUCAGCAUGGUGAACAGAUAACUGCUGAGCUGUUGGACAUGGGCUCCUGCCUCUGCAAAGGUCACCAAGAGCUGCAAAGUGGCCAGCAGCACCCCAUGGAAGAGCUUCACUCGUAUGCUGAGGGACAGCCCAUCUUUAAGGGUAACCAUCAGUCCUACAAUGGCAGCAUGUCAGAUAAAAGGAGCAGCAGCGGGUAUGACAUUGGAGAAUUGGCUAAUUCUUCCCUGAUGGGACUGCUGGCCACUAUUAAAGACCACAUUACUAAACCCACUGCGAUGGCCCAGGGCCGAGUCGCCCACCUGAUUGAGUGGAAGAGUUGGGGAGGGGAAGCGACGUCUGGAGGAGGCUGGUGUGGCUGGACAAGAGAUGGUGGAGGAUGGGGAGGUGUGGGAGCCGCACUGCAGGAGGACGAGCAGCUCUACUCCCACCUCACUGAUGAAAUCAAAGAAGCACGAUUUGCUGCGGGUGUGGCGGAGCAGUUUGCUCUGGCUGAGGCAGCGAUGAAUGCCUGGUCCACACACGAUGCUGAAAAUAUAGCCACAUCCAGUACAAUUCCAUUACAAGACCCCGAGGGCCCCUAUCUUUCUCAGUUCCUAUUGGAUGGAGAGAGUUUGAGUGUUCCUCGGCACCUGUACGGAAUGCACAUGGAAGCUGAUGACACCAGCUCCCUGAUGCCUUCUCAUCCUCCUCAGUCUCAUUCCCCCAGUCAUUCUCAUUCUCCGCUGGACACACAGCGUCCGCCGCAGCAGCAGAGGAUCUCGCCUUUGGAAGGGUCCGUACAACACGCAGACAGCAUCUCCCUGUCGGAGGAUGAGGUUUUUUAUAACUGAAAUGUUGAUGACACAGUGGAACGAAAAGGGAAAAGGUUUUUCGUCUGUUCUUUGUGUUCACUGAUGUGGGAGAGAUGCGGAUGAGGUUACGUCCGGGGUUAUCGCUUUACUGUUAAAGUAUGUAAUAACCACAGCUGAGCCUCUUUGACAAGCAAUGAACAGGGAUCCUUGUACACAUGGACAUGCUAUUUCCAUAUCACGUUGCCUUUUUGCAAAUGAAAGCAUCUCUGUUUGCGGUAUUGAUGAUGGAGAUUGGACUUUAUGUUAAUAGGGUCAGACCAAUUACUUCUAGAUGUAGGUCAUCGCACAUGAAUGCACAUGAAUCUAAAAUUAUACAUUGACAGAAGUGAGCUCAAGACCAUCAUGCACUUUCACCUUCAACUGAGUGUUUGUAGAUAUUUGCAGCAGCCUUUCACAAAGAAGCAGAGGUCUAUUAGCACUAUAGACUGAAGAAGAAAGCCAAAAUAAAACGCACUUUCAUCUCCACAGACAUUUUUCCUUCUGCAUUUCAACUAAGCACAGAUCAAUGGGGCUACAGGGUUGAAUAGGAUCCUUUUGUGAGGACUCUGGAGGGUGAAAGUGACUUAUGCCUUUGGGCAAAGCUGCAGUCAUAACUUGGGACAGUGAGGUGGAGACUGUAACGACUUUUCAUAUUGCUAAAUGUUUCCAUGAGAUUUUGGGUAUAAAUGUAAAACACAGCAAAUGACUACAUGUAUCCUCAAAGGUGAAGUGUGUCAUUUUAAUAGCCUCACCAAACAGAAUUUUAAGAUAUUAACUGUUUUCAAAUACAUUUUCUAAACACUCUCACCAUCUGCUAUUGGUUGGAAAAAAAGAAAGCCCCGCCCCAAACUCACGUCAUUGGUCAAGCUAGUGUCACAGUGUCAUAUUACGUGGAUUAUGAAAUGAAAUCAAACUAUAAAUGGCUUACUUGUAGCAAUUCAUUGAUUUAUUAAUAUUAAUGUUAAUAUUAUUAGCAUUAAUAUGAACCUUUAGUAAUAUUACACACUUCAAAAUGAAAAAAAAAAUACACACUUCAACUUUGCUUUUUUUGGUUUGUUUUUUAAAGGGGGUAUGGUCACAAUUGCCACAGAUUUAUAAAACGCAUAUGUAGUAACUGAAAAAAGUAUUAUCUAAGAUACGUUUGAGUAACUUGCCUCCAUAUUGUGUUAGUAAAUGUGUCAAGCAUUUUGUGCACUCCUUUGUAUGUGUUAAUUAUGAUUUAAUCUUUAAAAGAUCUAUUGCUGCAGAAAUCGCUUGCUAACAAGAAAAUUUGUGCGUUCUUGCGAGUGUCUGAGACAAAAGAGUGAGAGCUGGAAUAAUAAUCAUCUGCUUUUUCUCCAUAAUCAGCCCUAUUCACACUCCACUGACAAAGAAAGGUGAUGGAAAGAGAGAGAUAGUGAGGGAUGAGGUAGAAGAGGGGAAUCAGCGGCGGAGGGGAUUCUAGUAAAUGCAGAAGCAGGAGAGGGCGAGAGAGGAGGGUGUUGGGAGGUGGAAUGGUCAAGCGUUAUCAUGCUCCAGGGUCUUUUAAUAGAAGUUUACACAGUGUGAUCCUCGUGUGCCGUGUCAGAUAAUGUGUGUUACUGCUUUGGUGCUCCAGGGGAGGGUUUGAAGUAGGAAUUAAUUGCGUUGAUAGACGCUCUGGGGCGGUGAGCAGAAUUGAAAUUGUGUUUAUAACUGAAUUUCAAUUUCAACACAACAUAUUAAGGAACAAUACACUGAAUUUAAAUGAAUUCUUAUAAAACCUUUUCUGUGAAAAAUAGCACAAAGAAUAAUGAGCAAGAUACAGAGAAAAGAGCAGAAUUGGGAUGGUUGAGAAAUCAAACGAAGGUCAUUUAUUACUGAAGCCUUUGUUCUGUUCUUUUCUCCCAGCAUGAGGCUCAUAAAGCUAACAAGCUGCAUGAGGUUACAAACAGAUAUCUCAUUUCAAAUUCUAGACAUGUAUAUCAUAUUAUACAGGGUCAGUUUUAUCGGAUCCAUCCAUACAGCAUGACAGCAGUAGGGUACGACAGGACCCUGAAUUUCUCCCCUUUGUUUGUUCUGAUCCUAAAGUGUAUACCAUUUCGAGAAUAUAUAUUUCACUAUAUUGAAAAGUGGUGGAGAAGCACAAUUUGUGAAAAAUAAAUAAUAAAAGAAGUUUGCUUUGA